AUGCCAAUGACCCUCCUAGAGCUGGAUCCUUCGACUACACUGCACUUCUGUAAAACGCCGACAAACACGUCGCCGAAUAGGAAGCUGCGGCUUACAAACAAGACCAGCGGACCUGUCGCUUUCAAGGUGAAGACGACAGCUCCAAAGUCGUAUCUGGUUCGACCUAGUGCAGCAACCCUCAGUCCUCACGGCAGCGAGGAGGUCACCAUAAUCCUCCAGCCGCCAGGAGAGGGCCAGAAUCAUCGCUUUCUGGUUCAGGCAGUUGCAGUGAGUUCGUCGCAGCAAGUGAGUCGAGAGCAGUGGAGUGAGUUCAAGAAGGACCAGAUCGAGGAACAGCGUCUCAACGUUGUCCUCGAGGAGUCUGAAACAGAACCAGCAGCGCCCCAUCAAGAUAACUAUGGGUUUGGGUGUGGUCCUGUGGAUGCCUCCAGAGCGACAGGCGGUGAGGCUCCAGUCGAUUUGCAAGUAAAGUAUGAUGAGCUGGUGCAGUACACUCUCAUGCUAGAAAAGCAGAAGAAAAAGCUAGAGGCCGAGAUAGAAGAUCUGAAGUCCUCAAAGAGUUUAUCCUCUGGUGAGAGUGGUGGGUACAAUGCGUUCCACAUCGUUCUGGUGGCGCUGAUUGCUUUCAUGCUGUCCUACGCUGUGAAAUUUCUGGGCUGA